UUCUGGGAAGGGAAAAGCCAUAUGAGGGAUUACAGACGGCGAACAGAAACAUAUACAAUAGUAUCUGUUGUUGUGUUUUCAUAACAUAUUCUUGUAGAGCAUGUGGUUUAACUAUCAGCUUGUUUAAUAUCAAAGUUGUAUUAAGCUGAUCAAGGGCAUAUCAAAUAAGGUGGAAAUCAAAGGGUAUCUGAGCCAGUGUGACUAAUAAAGAGUAGACAGUGAGACUUAUGGGUCGUACGUGACUAAUGUGGGUUUAUGUAUGAGUUAUGGUAUUAGCAGAUUGGCUAUGGGAUAGCAUAGGAAGUUGUGUCAGUCUGAUCUCCUGGCAGUCAUGGCUUAGUCUGGGUAUCAGUCUUUUUAGCUAACAUUCCACUCCCCACUCCUGUCUUUGAGAAAUGACAGGUAGUGGCAAGGAGUUUAAUGUAAUAGCUGAACAGAGACAGCAACCAGGCUAGUCAUGGCUCAGUCCUGUUCUGUCCAGUUUGGUGCAGUUAAAGUAGUCUGAUGUCAUCAAGAAAAAGCCUAGAGGGAUUUUACCAAGGGAUCUGGAAUUCUAUAAAGACUUUCACUAGUAUCUUCCCUGGUCUCUUCUCUCCCCACAGACAAAGACGCACAGACAGAUUCACAGACAGGGGCCAGCUUGAUGCAGAAUAAUAUCAAAAUCACUGUAUUUCACAAGACAGGAAACCCUGACUCAAGCACUUUGUCUUACAUUUAUGGUUCUCUAUUAUAUCUGGGAAAUGUUUGUGAUAAUAUCAGACAGACAAUGGCCAAACUGUAGCAGAAUGGCCCACUAACCUUAUUAUAUAUACAGUAUAAAGUAAGUGUGGAUAAAGAGUGGGAGAAGGGUUAUGGCUCAACAAUGUGAGGGUUGUCACAAGUUAACACAGCCACAAAGUCAUAAUUAUGGCUAAACUCUACCCAUUUCUACCAUUUACCUUCUUAAAAUGUGAUUGUAAACCCAAACCACACUGCUAACCUUAUGCCUUUGUAGUUAACUUGGCUUUGCGGCAUUGUUAACAGUUAACAAGUGAUGACCCUAUGUGGGAGUUGCCUCUCUCUUUGAUGACAUCACUGUAUUUUAAAAGAUUAGUCAUCUGUUAAAACAGUAUGUUUGGCAAGCUGUCAAGUGAGAUCCCUACCUCCCACGCACUUCCCCCUCUAAAAAAUCAAAACACACUGCAGCCUCAUAGUCUCAUCAUUCAGAUAGUUAAUUCUCGUUGAAUGAAACAGCACCCAAAGAGAAACAAAAAUGUGUUCAGAAUAUGAGUGCGGAAUUUGUUACAGAAGCUACAACACGGAUCGUCGGUGUCCUCGUGAGUUACAGUGUAAGCACAUCUUUUGUGAGAGCUGUAUCGUGACUCUUUCUCGACCCUCCGUAUGUGAAGUGGAAUCCAGGAAGGAAUGUUCGCGGCAGGACAAGACAAUUGUUUGCCCACUGUGCCGGUACACAACGUCGGUCUCGGGUAAAGUGAGGGCAGCGCUUCGGGUAGACGAAGGUAUUCUUGAGCGCAUGGUGUCAUCUGGCGUACUAAGCAUGCCAGACGACGAGGAGGAUCGUGAAGAUGAUGAGACGUCUCAUGAGAACUCAGCCGAGGAAAGGGACUCCUCUUCGGGUUCCGUAGUUGGAAGGUUCCGCGGUUCCCUGAGGCGCGUCUGGGGCAAAUUAACUCGGAAUAAUGACCAACGGAGAGCGGAUUGUAUGACUGAUGAGGACCUACGAGACCUUGCCAUGAUGUCAUGCUACAUCCUUUGAUGAGGACUUUGUUGGAAAAAAGUAAUCAGCUGCUGCUGCACCUGAUUGAUCAGAGAGAGGGCGUUGCUGUCCACGAGCCAACGCUACAGUAUUUAGAAUGUAGAAGACUGGCGGGUCCAGUUGGAAGUUGGAGCAAGCAGGAAUAUAGCCUCUUCGCACCUGUACACGUUGAUCUCCCGUUGCUGAAGGCGCCAUCCCUGACCCCGAAUGACAUAUUUACCAGCCCUCUGGUUUAUUUACGAGAAACUUUACCUGUCACUGAAGGCAAUUCUAUAAUCCUGUUUACUAUUCGGUACGGGCUAUACAAUGUGUGAACUAUGGUAAAAAUUGUAUAAAUAUACAUUUUCUGAAGCUCACUCUCUAGUCCCCAUACAGCCUACUAGUUUUCUGUGAUUUUACCAUGUGAUCCUAGAUGGCAGCACACCAUUAGGAAGAUAGGAUGUGAAUUUGGUUAAUUUGAGGAAAGUUGGAUAUAAAUGGUUUUUUUUCUCCACACAUUGUAAGAAUAAACUAGCAGGAAUAUAGCUUUGUUUACACAGGCAGCCCAAUUUUGAGCUUUUUUAAACUAAUUGGUCUUUUAACCAAUCACAUCAGAUCUUUUCCAGAGCUGAUCUGAUUAGUCAAAAUAGCCAUUAUUGGGUAAACAAAAUAUCAGAAUUGGGCUGCCUGUGUAAAUGCAGCCUAUGUAUUCUAUAUUAGCCAACUAGGCCUAAAUGUAGAUUUCUUCUCACUUGCAUGUCAUAAUUUGGUGGUGACCAAACAUAAACACAAUGGUAAAACAGAAUCGAAAAGGCUGAAAAUGACAAGACCAUAUAGGCUUUUCUCUGAAGCCAUUUGGCUACCAAAUGAAAUGUUUUUGUAUGAAAUUGUCUUUGGUGCUUUGAAGUAGCCUAUUUUAUUUAACCUUUAUUUAACUUGGCAAGUCAGUUAAGAACAAAUUCGUAUUUACAAAGAUGGCCAAAACCUAUGACUUCCCAUUUCCAAAGAUUAGAAUAAGUAUUUAAUAUUGUUGGUGCUAAGUUCACAAGCACAAACUUAAUAUAAUGUAAUAAUGUAUAAUGUAAUUCAGUGUAUUUACUUCAUUCACUUUCAUUGAUUGUGCACUUUUUUUAGGCCUAUUUUUUGUUGUAAUAAAAGCAUAAAGGCA